AGCAUCAUCGUCAUCAUGCCUCGAGGAUUCUUGGUGAAGAGAACCCGGCGAUGUUCGGGUCACCGGUCACGAAAUACCAGCAAUAACCAACCUGGAACAUACUACGGCGACAGGAACAACAAUAACUCCGAAGGGAUCGAACCGGAGUCAGUGAACCAGACCGACGUGUUGAACGGUGUCCUGUCUAAACGGACAGACGGAUGGUUCCCGGUAUCCCGCGAGGACUCCGCCGGUGUAGGAGAGGCGUGGAGCCCGCAGGUGGAGUCGGCGCUGGAGGCAGAAGCCGACCGCAGCGCGCAGUUACCCGAGACCGAGGAGCAGGUGAGCGAGGUGGACGUUCUGACUCCCGAAAGAGAUUUCUCCUGCUUCUUCCCGCCUCCUCCUAUACCCCCACGCGAAUUGACAAUAACGUCUUGCAGCCCCGUUAAACCGGUCGGCACGAGGCUGCUGGAACAACACGAGGAAGGAGAGAAGCAGCCGUUUUUAACCGGUAAAUGCCUCACAUCACCCCCGGUGUUGGAGUUACCGGAGCUGCCGUUCCUGGUGAGCUCCACUCCGACCUCCGCUUCUAUCGAGAGACUCCUGGCGAGCAGCAGCCGCCACGCACAGUCCUACGGUCACCACGACACAUAUGACCCGAGUAUGGGGCACCUGUUCCCGCCCCUGACACUGAUGAACCAGCACCAAGCAGCGAGGAAACGCGCCUUCCUCGAACAGGACCAACGCUUGAACAACAACAGGCACAACAAACAGUCAAACCCGCCAAAGAAACCAAAAGUCAACCGGAAACUAAACUUCGAGGAUGAGGUCACGACCUCGCCGGUUUUGGGUCUGCGGAUCAAAAAGGAGAGCCCCGAGCUGAGGAGACAGCGCGAGAAGUCUGCUCUCAGCGGGAACAAGCCACUUGGAGAGUUCAUCUGCCAGCUCUGUAAAGAGGAGUACCUCGACCCCUUCUCCCUCGCGCAGCACAAGUGCUCCCGCAUAGUGCGCGUGGAGUACCGGUGUCCGGAGUGCGACAAAGUCUUCAGCUGCCCCGCAAACCUGGCGUCCCACCGCCGCUGGCACAAACCUCGCCCGGUGAACAACCAGGGAGGAGAGACUCAAACAAACAAGAGUCAGCCGUUAAAGGAGACACGAGGGCUCAUUCAGCACGAGCGGCAGCCGGUUGACAUGGAGGGCAAAGAGAACGAGCUGCUGCGCAUUAACACCAACCAGCACCACGGGGCACCGGACAGCUCCCGCAUGAGGCGCGAGCCCUCCCUCUUGAUGCUCCAUGGCCGGUCCCGAAACAGCCCCGACACCGACAGUCUUGCUCCUCCUCACUAUGAGCACUCUCUUCAUUACCGGAACCCGGUGGAAAGUUGUUUGGAGGUGAGAGCGGCAGACAGCCCACCCUCGAGCCUGUUUCUAUUGAACGGUAAUUCGGAAGAGAGCGUGGACCUGUCGCAGCAGGAGCGGCCGUCCUUCGCGCUUCCCGCUUUACCGUUCGUGCAGUCCCUAACGGAAGAGGAGGUUUACGACUGCAGGUAUUGCGGGAAGAAAUUCCGCCGACAAGCUUACCUGAAGAAACACCUUGCCGCGCACGAGAUGACAGCACGAGCGUCACCGCCUCCACCACCUUAUAACCAGGCGCGCGAGACCAGCGGCCAGGUGUUUCUGUGUCACCUGUGCGGCGCGCGCUUCCCGUCGGGUGAAAUCAGGGACAAGCACCGUAUGUGGCACGCGAUGAGAGAUGAGUUACUGGCGGGAACUUUGGGAGGAGGACUCAGACAUGAAGUAUUCCACGCGCAAGGAGACGAGAGCGGCACCGGAGAGAGCGAGCAGCAGCAGAUCUUCACGUGCAAGCAAUGUCCGUCAACUUUCUUCAGCUCCCCGGGUCUCGCGAGACACAUCAAUAAGUCUCACCCGAUCGAGAACCGGCAGGUGAUGCUGCUGCAGAUGACCGUGCGACCAUAAUACGCUGUAAAGACUCUUAAACAAGAAAACUGAUGAUUUGGUGAAAACAUUCCUUCAUUAAUAGUCAUAAGGGAGACUCUAUGGAAUUUGACCUUUAAUUAUAUCCAUUCACAUUAAAUAAAUGAUUAAUUUUAGCUUAUUGUAAAGCAAAGUUUAUUUUUGUUGUGGUCAAAAAGCAAAAUGUGUAUCACUGUACGACAGGAAGUGGAGUCACUGUUUCUGUUUAAAGGUCAGUAAUCAUCUUGACUUUGUUUCAAAAAGGCUUAGAAUGUAGUGAUAGAUGAACCCAUUCAAAAGCAAACGGAAACAAAAAACGUUCCACAACCACUGAUGUCAUGUAAAAAAACACCUAAUGUAAUCUUCAACAGGAUGAUCAGUCUAUUCUACAAGCAGUAUUGUAAUAUGAAAAUAAUAAAUACAACUUUAACAAUGGGACAUUAUCCUUCAGGUGGCAGAUCUAAAAUAAUGAAAUAAACUAACAGCAAGAUUAUUAUUACUGAUGCAAUUUACAGUGAGCUAUACACUGAAGUCUGACAUUAAAUUAAAUAUCAAUAAUUGUCUCUAUAAUAAUUCUCAGACAGUAUUGUGUCUUAUCCGUAUUGGCACAGAGGAAGCCAUCUCUCCAGCUUCUCCAACAUGCCCAGCACUCUGUAAAUGAUUUGACAUGUAAUCACAGAAGCAGCUGUUAGACUGGAGAGUGGGGACAGAGGGAAGUUUGAUAGAAAAGGCCAUUUUGAUAACUAAUUAGAGCAAGACGGGGUCAUUUGACUUGCUAUACUGAAGCAGAUAGACAGGCUACACGUGGCAGACAUCUCAACACAUUCCUGGGGCAAAGUAAUGAGAUUAUAUUGAAGUUGCGUUAUAACUGGAGACAGAAUCAAUGUCCUAACUCUGUUACAAAGACUAUUUCAUGUACAGUGAACAAUACAAAAGAAGAUUGACUGUAAUAUGCCUUUUAUAGUAAAAGUGCCAUAUGUUUCUCAGCUCCAAAAUAUUUUCAUACAAAAAAGGAACAU